AUGCCGGACAGAUGUGUUAAAUGCGCCGGCGCCCACGCAGGAAGUGCGUGCCCCCGUCCGCCCACCGAGAAGCCGACAUGUGCACUCUGUGACGGUGCUCACGUGGCCAGCUAUCGUAGGUGUGAGGUGUGGAAGCGUGCCAUCGCUCGCCAACAUGGCCAAACACCAGCGCCACAUCCGAAGAAGCCAGCAACGAGGCAGCGCGGCGUCUCUUUCACGGCGGCAACGUCAGGGGCGCCCUCCGCCGUCACGGCUGCGUCGGCUGCUCCUGCUCCUGCCACGUCCGAGGCCGUGCCGAUACCUGAGGCUCCUGCGCCUCCACCACAGCUGCUAGUGGCGGACCCGGGUACUGCCUCUCCCCGCCGUCGGCCAGACCGCGCCCCGCCAAUCGCCUGCGCGGGGGUCAGCGCCCCGUGGGUACCCAGCGCUCAGCACCGUCAGUCGAGCAGCCCCAGGUGGACUCUCCAAGCGAGUCAGCCACGCCUCCCCCUUCCAGCGACGGGGCCGCGCCGACUGCCUCCACCGCUGACCUGGCCAACCUCGUCGCGCAGCUCACUGCCUUGGUGA